UCCUCCACUUUUUUCUCACUCUAUUUUCUCUCUGAAUUCCAACUCUUUCGAUUCUCUUUUUGUCUCAGCAUCCAUCUCUCUCUAUAUUGGUGAUCAAUUGGUGACCUUAAAUUGCCCCUGAUCCAAUCAUCACCUGCCAACAUGAGUGACGAAGGAGAGAAAACUUGCCCGCUCUGUGCCGAGGAGAUGGAUUUAACUGAUCAGCAGUUGAAGCCGUGCAAGUGUGGCUAUGAGAUUUGUGUUUGGUGCUGGCAUCACAUAAUGGAUAUGGCUGAGAAAGAUGAGACAGAAGGGCGCUGUCCAGCAUGUCGAACUCCUUACAACAAGGAAAAGAUUGUUGGAACAACUGCAAGUUGUGAAAGGCUGGUUUCAGAGAUGAAUGGGGAGAAAAAACCCAAGUCAUCCAAGGGGAAGAACCAAUCAUCUGAAGGAAGGAAGCAGCUUGCUAACAUGCGAGUCAUCCAGAGAAAUCUAGUUUAUGUUGUGGGUUUGCCAAUGAAUUUGGCAGAUGAGGAUCUUCUUCAGUGCAGAGAGUAUUUUGGUCAGUAUGGAAAGGCAUUGAAGGUGUCUAUCUCCCGGACAGCUACGGGUGCUAUACAACAAUUUGCAAAUAGUACAUGCAGCGUAUAUAUUACGUAUUCAAAGGAGGAGGAAGCUGUUCGUUGUAUCCAAUCAGUACAUGGAUUUGUCUUGGAUGGUAAACCUUUGAGGGCAUGCUUCGGGACAACUAAGUACUGUCAUGCAUGGCUGAGAAAUGUGCCAUGUAGCAAUCCUGAUUGUGUAUAUUUGCAUGAGAUUGGUUCCCAAGAGGACAGUUUUACAAAGGAUGAAAUAGUAUCUGCACACACAAGGGUUCAACACAUAACCGGAUCCACAAAUAGUACACAGCGGCGUUCAGGAUAUGUGUUACCUCCACCUGCAGAUGAGUACUAUAAUAGCACUUCUGCUUCUUUAGCGAAACCUAUAAAUAAAACUUCCGUUAAUACUAAUAAUACUCAAACUGGUGCUAGAAUUUCUCCUCCAAAUAGCAGCUCUGGAAGAUCUGUCUCUCUUACUGCUGGAUCCUCGUGGGGCACUCGUGUUGCCAAUAAUAUCCCUUUACAUACCACUACACAAUGUUCCAAAGGGGCAUUAAAAAAACAGGAUUUGAGUGAUGGACCUGUGGCUUGUUCUACUACAGCUGUGAGCCAAAGUCAGCCGUCUUCAUUGCAGAGUGAUAUUGUGAACAUUUUGAUUACUGAUAAAGAUAGAGGAGUUUCUCAAGGUAAAAGUGAAAUAGAAGCUUUAGGACCAGUGGUCAAAGAAUCAAAUACGGAUGGGAAACCUACUUCUUCUCAGAGUCCCAAUACAUAUGUUCACCCAGCUACACCGCCUGUAAAUAAACAGCCCCAUGGCCCAUGUACUGCCAAGCUGCUAGCUAAAAGUACUAAUGAUGUUAAUUCUUCCUUGGUCUGUGUUGGACUUGCUUCAAGCAGAGACUCUACUGGUACCACCAAUGGGAAAAUCGAGAAAAUACAACCGUCUCAUUUUAUUCCUAAUCAUAUCCAAGAAAACCUGAUUUUGGAUGGGGAUGCUCAGCUUGUUAGAGGAGCGGUGACUUCUCAGCCACCUGAAACAAUUGCACAUACGAGCGAGGAGGUGGAUUCCACAGAAGUCCAAUCUGAUUUUAGAUUAGAAACGGCAAGUAUAGUAACCAAAAAUGAUUUGUCUGAUAUUGAAGAUGAUAUUUUGUCUUUUGAAAAUCGUAGGCUCAAGGAUCCUGAGGUUGCUUCUAACAGAAGCAACUUUUCUCAUGCCUCUCAUCUUUCAAGUCAUUCUCAUGUUAAUUGUAACCUACAUAGUAAAGGUGAUGCUUCAACCUGUAGGCAGGCUAUAGGUAAAGUUUGCAACUAUCCCAUUGGACAUUCUGAGACUAUUUUCAAGACUCCUGAGGUUGAGGUUAAUAAUGCUGAGCAUUCUAAUUUGUUUCCUUCUAAGGAAAAAAGAUCGCUGCUAGGGUUAUAUGAUGGUGAACUAUGCUUAGAUUCUUUUGAUAUGGGGGAGAGCAGCAUAAUAUCUAAUAUUUUAUCUAUGGAUUUUGAUCCAUGGAAUGAGUCUCUGAUUUCACCUCAGAACCUUGCUAAGUUGUUGGGUGAAAAUGAUAAACAAGGCUCUUUUGGAUUUCCAGGUUCACGGAAAAAUAACACUAGCACUCAAUCAAGGUUUUCAUUUGCAAGGGAGGAGCCUAGGAGCCAUGCCUCUGGUUCUGGACAAUCUGUUGAUUACUUCACUCGAAAUUCUAACCAGCUCUCCUUUGGCCAUGAAUUCUCCAACAGCGAUAGCUUCCAGCUUGAGAAGUUAGAUAGUCUCAAUGACUUCCCUGCUUUUAAUGGACUAGAGUCCGAGCUUUUUGCUGACAAUCAUUCACAUACGUCUUCUAACAGAAACUCUGUUUCGAGACCUCAGGUAUUAGCACCACCAAUGUUUUCAGUACCUAGUAGGACACCGCCUCCAGGCUUUACUUCUCAAGAUAGAAUCGAUCAAAUUUUUGAUGGCUCUGGAAAUCAUUUAGAUGAUUCUUCCUCUUUGUUAAGACAUAGUUAUCAGACGCCUCCACUUAGUAAUACCAUUAGUAAUGGAGAUAUUGAAUUUAUAGAUCCUGCGAUACUGGCAGUUGGCAAAGGUCUACUUCCAGGGAGAAUUAAUAACUCAGGCUCGGAUGAUGUAAGGGCACGUUAUUCUUCUCAGUUGAGUACAUAUGAAGAUGCAAAAUUCCAAUCUAUUUUUCAAAGAUCACUUCCUUCACACCAGAACCAAAAAUUUACCAUCAUGGGUGACACUUUAUCUCCUCUUGGUGAUGCUUAUUCUAUUUCCUCUAGGGUUAUGGAGCAAACACUAGCCAAUAAUAUGUCUACGUUAUCCCAGUUUAGUUUCCCUCAGUCAAGGAAUGGUUUAAUAUCUAAUGGCCAAUGGGCUGGAAACAAUUUGGGCAUGGCGGAACUUCUUAGGAAUGAGAGGUGGGGAUAUAAUAAAUUUUAUGGUAGUUAUGAAGAUUCUAAGAUUCGGAUGCCGAGUUCGGGUAGUCUAUACAACGGAACUUACGGGUAUUGAUAUUUGGGCAUGGUUGGUGUUGUCAAGAAUCAUGAGAUAGGAAUAGUAAUAUUUCAUGCCACUUUGACAAACCUGCCUAAAUUGAUUGAACCAAUUGGCAGUCAAAAUACCGAAUAACUUUGUAGUAUUCACUUUAGAGAGUGGGCCAAGAUUUGGAAAUAUUACCAAGUAAGCCAAUGGGAGUGAGUUGUGCUUAGUCCGUCAGAGCUACUUUCUGUUUGGUAAAAGGAUCAGCCAUUCAUAAACGUCGAUCUGGAAACUAACAGCUGAAAGGGGCCUGAGCAUAAGGCUUGGGGGCUUUUGAUGGCUACACGAUGAAUUGUAGGUUUGUGAAUGUCUCUCCGCUGCUGAUCUGAUCGGUGAGAAUUGGAUGAAUGAUAUCAGAUACGCGAUGCCUUACUACUCUCAUCUGUUCCUGUUGAUAAUUGAAUAGGCAGAAGGAAGUUAGAUUUCAGUAAUUGCUUCGAACGUUCAUUCUUUGCAGAAACAAGAGUAUUAAAAGUUACAAAUACAUCUUCAAAAUUUUGGUUGUGUAAACUCUUAUUAUUCGUUUUGUGAAACAAAUAUGUGAGGGCUUGAAAACAGUCAAAUAUAUUUAAUAUUGUUUUUCAAUA